UCAUAGUUACAACCGUGUAGAGACUAGAAGGUAGAGAUAAAAUAUCUUCAAUGAAUCAAAUAACACCACGUCAGGCAAUCCUACAAACAGUAGUACAACUGCAUUAGAACACACAAAAAAACUAACAACCUUCCCAAAUAUCAAUGAACAUCCUUCCAAAUAGCCAAAUAGGAGUAUCAUUACAAGAACACAAGUAAUCCUCUAGACGAACCUAAUUCUGUCUAAAUUACUGUAGAUCUUUUCCUUUCCUUUCCUUUCCUUUCUUUAGCCAUUAAGAACCUUGUCUUUCAAGAACAAUUCAACUUCCAAACCAGAAAAAAUCUUCCCCAAAUCUUCACUUCCCUUCAGAAAUUCCAAGAAAAUUGUGUUACAAUGUUAAAGACAAUAUCUUCCUCAUCUCCAUCCCUUCCAUUACUCUUCAAAUUCAACAAAUCAUCUGUUCCUUCUUCUUCUUCUUCUUCUUUUUCUCGUUGUCUUUCUUUCCCAUUUUCAUCAAAACCUUCAUCCCCACCAUCACCUAGAACUCUUUCUCUUUUUAGUUUCAAAAGCCCCAUGAAUAAUCUCCUUGGAAAACUGGGUUUUGGUUCAAGAUCACCUGAAACUUCCAUGAUUUCUUCAAUUGCUCAAGGCCCAGAUGAUGAUUUGCCUGCACCUGGGCAACAAUUUGCUCAAUUUGGUGCUGGGUGUUUUUGGGGUGUUGAAUUGGCUUUCCAAAGAGUUCCUGGUGUUACUCGUACUGAAGUAGGGUAUACUCAAGGUUUUACUGAUAACCCUACUUAUGAAGAUAUUUGUAGUGGGAUGACUAAUCAUUCUGAAGUUGUUAGAAUUCAGUAUGAUCCUAAAGAGUGUAGUUUUGAGACUCUUCUUGAUGUUUUUUGGUCUAGGCAUGAUCCUACUACCCUUAAUCGCCAAGGGAAUGAUGUAGGGACGCAAUACAGGUCAGGAAUAUACUUCUACACACCCGAACAAGAGAAAGAUGCAAUUGAAACAAGGGAUCGGCGACAGAAGCUCCUGAACAGGACCAUCGUGACUGAGAUUCUGCCUGCUAAGAAGUUCUACAGAGCUGAAGAGUAUCAUCAGCAGUACCUAGCCAAGGGUGGACGCUUUGGUUUCAAACAAUCCACCGAGAAAGGCUGCAAUGACCCAAUUCGAUGCUAUGGUUGAUCUGAUCUUUCAAGCCCACGCAUUUCUUGGUCCUUAUACUUGCUUAGAUUACAUUAUGCUUAUAUAACGCAACGAAUUUUAACGUGCUUAUCUUGCUCGUUUUAGAUUUCUGUUACCGAAUUAGCUCACAAUGUCACAUCCCCUGUAAUUAUUCGCGUGGCUGAAAGCUUAUCAUCUUGUGCCCAUGAACCGUAUAAUGUGGUGUGCCUGUAAAUGUUAUGUUAUGAUACUCUUAUAAGA